GUCUAUGCGGCGUACAGAAAACCCGGAAGCUUUGAGUAAAACCCAUUUCUUUUCCUGUAUGAUAUGCAUGUAUAUGACUGAUGGUCAAAGCGGGGGAAAACUUACUAUGAGCAUGUGACUGUAACAGACAACGUUCCUGAGGUCCCGGCAGACUGUAAGAUUGGAAAGGUCAACGACAAUGGACGCCACAACAGCCAAAAUCGUUGCCAUCUUCAUUCUUCUCUUUAUUACGCUGCUGCUGGGCAUAAUUCCGUACUUCAUCAUUAAAAAGAACUGGGGUGCCAACGCAUCUGCUCGAAGGGAAAAGGUCCUGAGUUUGCUGAAUUGCUUCGCAGGGGGCGUGUUUCUUGGCACGUGUCUGCUUCAUCUGAUGGUGGAGGGCAAGGAGGAUUUGGAACAGGGACUAACUCACGCCUACAACUUCACCGGCUACCCGAUAUUCGAGAUGCUCACUGGCGCGGGAUUCUUCCUCAUCGCCGGAGUGGAACAGUUAGCCAUGCUGUUUAUAACGGGAGUGGUUGUGACGUCACUUCCGAAGAAUCGUGCAAAACGUGAACCCUACAAGGAACCCCCGACAGAGAAGUCGCCUUUAUUGGGCAAAGAAAACCGACAGGGUUCUGACGAUGACAUGGGCAUCAUGGAAAAACGAGGUCGCAGCAUGCCCUCGGUGUCCGAAGGCAGUGAACUGGAGAGAUCUAUAUCCCACGCUCAUGACCUGGAUGCACUCUCUGCCGCGUCUGGACUCAGCGCGUUCUUGCUGCUGAUCGCGCUGUCCUUCCAUACAAUAUUUGACGGCUUAGCAGUGGGACUGCAGGAGGAAGCGACAGACGUUUGGGAGGUCUUCAUUGCCAUCUCGAUUCACAAAAGUCUAGUUGCCUUUUGUCUAGGUCUUCAGCUUUUCAGAGCCUUUGUGCCGUACUUUAAGAAACCUUACGCGUGCCUCUUCUUGUUUUCGUUGAUGUCGCCGAUCGGAAUAUGCACCGGCAUAGCUGUGACGUCUUCCAACCUUGACCUUGACGCACAGUCAAUGGCGUCGGGGGUUCUUCAGGGUAUUGCGUGUGGGACGUUCCUCUACGUCACGUGUUUUGAAAUUCUGAGAGACGAAUUCGGCCAUGGUAAAGGCAUGCUGAAUGUCUUUGUUGCAUUGUUUGGCUUCGCAGCAAUGGCGGGCGUGAAGGGUCUUGAUCACGACUGAAGGCAGAGUUUAAAACGUUUAAUAAUUAGAAAUGACGUUUCAAGUAAAUCGACAAACAACACAUGUCUUGAGAUAUAUGGCUUAUGCAACGUUUGAAAAGGAUCUCACUUAGGUCACAGAUUUCUAUAAAAUAUCAGGACCUUACCCACAAGAGUAAUAACGGUCUACCUAUCUUGCGUGUUGAUCAACGCCUCGCUCAGCAGUAUUCCAGCCGUAUUGUUGGCGUCCUGUAAAUAAUCGAAUCUGGACCACACAAACCGGUGAUUAAUAUUAUGAGCAAUGAUUAUUAUCCACGCUUCCGGGGUGUUAACUAAGUCGCCGAACCUGACCACCCAAUCCACUCGGGGGAACUCUUACGCCAAGCGUAAGUUGAGAGCAAAACCUAACCUGGAUUAUCAGUCUGUCGAGGCUUAUCUGCUUGUGAAAUGGUUUUGAUAAUGCAUGCACAAUAGAAUAUACGUACAUGUAUACACAUUUAAGCCAAAUGUGUAUCACAAGACAGAGCCAAUUAAGAGAUAACACAAGGCGAUGUGCUUGCAAAACCGACACAAACUUUACAAGAGGGUUCCCAUAUAUCAGUGCACGAAAACUGUGUACCAUGCAGGUCAGCACAACGUGUAAACCCUGAACUGGAAAUAUCAGUUUGUUAUAACCGUAGACUACUGCAAUACAUUGUUUUCAAUUUCGGCUUCACACUUUGUGAACUUCGUUAUAUCCGACAGUUCGUUAUAAGCGUGUUCGAUAUAGACGUUGUCUACCACACCUUUCUAUCGAACACGUUCCUUGUUCAGUCAGGUCAUGUCCUAAUACCAGGCAUCCUUCACUACAGUAUGAGUGUUAUUUUACGCCGCAGACAGAACGUUGUCGUGACGUAAUGUAAAAAGAUCAGUUAGGUGUUAUGGCCUGGGCAAUGAUGCAUGCAUAAAGAGUACACUACUCAUAUCCUAACUGACGUUUGUGUCACGUAUGGG